AGACGUUUUGGCUCUGCUUCUUCUAAUCGAUUAAUAAGCUUCAUUUAAUCGAUUUUCCCUCGGCUGUGUUCCUUAAUCGAUUAAAUACUACAUUUUAAUCGAUUAAUAUUCGAUUUUCGCCCUAUAUCCAGCGCAGGCUUCGUCUUCUUCGCCAUUCUCUGCGCCAUUCGAUCAAAAACCCUAACACUUCUCCUCUUCAAUCCCUCUCAAUUUUCUUCCAUUUUCUCACCAAACUCUAUCAAUUUCAAAGAGCAAGGAUGCUAAGGUGCAAGAACACUUCCUCAGGUCAAGAAACCACGGCAGAGGAAAAUGAGAGGCCAUGGCGUCGCGAAGGAAGCAAGUACAUUCACAUUCAAACGGGUCUCGCCUUCAACACUGGGGCUUCAGUUGAGAGGUUCCACAACAUCUUCCUCACGAAGGAGAUUGUCGCUCCCAACAUCGUGAACAAGGACCUUUUCAAAUCGGCGACCUAUGCCUCGAGUAAGUCUAUGUUCUUUCAACAAGGAUUGCUUCGGUUCAUUCAUUUGACGUAUGAAUUUUUCUGUCCAAAUCUUAUACGUCAAUUUUAUGCAAAUCUUCGUACCACUAAGGGAGGUUCGCCAUCUCUCAUUUCCUAUAUUGACGGCAAAACCGUUUUCAUUGACGGUGCCGGUUUGACUUCGUUGUUUGGUCUUCGUCGCGGUGAAAUUACCGAAAACUUGGAUGAAACAUUCCAAGAUGAGGCAAUUUGGCGACAACUCGGGUUGGAUCAUCGUGACCUCAAGUUUAGAAACUCUAGCAACCCGAGUGUCGUUAAUCUCACUUUAAUUCAACGCGUCCAACAAUACAUUUUUUCAUAUGUUUUGUUGCCCCGUGAUUCGAACCAUGGCGUCGUCAACAAGGACGAUAUUCGUUUGUUUCACGUCCUGUUGAACGAUGUCAAAUUUGAUUGGGUUCACUUCUUUAUCGUUGCCCUUAGCGAUGGCACUCGUUUUUCCCAUCUCCGGUUUGCCAUCCCCGUUAUGCAUAUCCUUGCACAUUGCAAAAUAGACUUUACUCGGGACACUCAGGGAAUGGAGCAAGCACAGUUGUUCCAGCCGCCGCCACCACCUCCGCCUCCGCCACCGGCUCGACAGGUCACUCUAAAGACAUUAAAGGACAAUGGCGCUGAGGAGUUUCUUGACAACAACAUUGCUGAACCACAGAUUGCCUUCGAUUGGUUAGAUCAAACCACGAGGGUACUAAAGAACUUGAGGAUUCUAGAAGCUGAUCGCCCUAAGCUAGCUGUCCAGUUGCUUUGGAAGGGGGCAUAUGAGUGGUGGAAGAGAGCAAGAACUUUGGUGGGUACCAAAGCAGAUCGCAUUGAGGAGUUCACUACCAAACUCCAACCAGAUAUACAGCCCUACUUGUCAGUUUUGCCAACAACAGACUUCACAGCCGCGUACAACCAAAUAGAGAAAGCCGAGAAGGGGCUGAUUGCAUGGAAGAAGAGUGUGGCCGGUUCUAAGGAGCGAAGCACCCAACACAAGGGCGGUGUCAUGUCGGGUGGAAAACAAACCCCUGGUGGAGGUCACAACAUGCAACAUUCCAAGAACACCAAUAAGGCGGGACACUUCAAGAGAGAUUGCCCUACGAAUUCAGGACCCGUGUUCCCUACCGCCGAGACGCAAACACAGCCGUCUGUGGCCCGUCCUCCACAGAGCCAGCGCACUACCGUGGGAUUGAACCCGCGAAGGAGCCAGAGUCAAAGCCAAAGUCAUGACUGCCAACAAGGAGGAACUCCAGCGCGCACAUAUGCCAUGUAGGGGCGAACCGAAGUAAACAAAGACGUCAUUC